UCUGUCUUUACUACUUCCUGCAUGUACCGACAAGAUGGCGGCGCCCUUAGCAAUUCACCUGGAGUUUGGAGGAGGAGCAGAGCUGCUUUUUAGUGGCGUGAAGGAACAUCAUGUGACUCUGCCGAGUCAAUCAGAACCUUGGGACGUGAAGCAGCUGCUGGUCUGGAUCCAACGGAACCUGCUGAAGGAGCGGCCGGAACUCUUUGUCCAGGGGGACUCUGUGAGACCUGGGAUUCUGGUGCUUAUCAAUGAUGCAGACUGGGAGCUAAUGGGGCAGCUGGAUUACAAACUACAAGACCAGGACAACGUGGUAUUUAUUUCUACUCUUCACGGAGGAUAGACGCUGACGAACACACCUGACACCUGACCACGUCCGACAACGCGUCCACCAGCACCUGAAUGUUGCUCACAGGACCUGGUGGAAUUUCAGAGAUGCUUAGAAAUAUGUGAAAGCUGUGAAAGUGGAAACCGUUUACAUGUUUUUAUGUCAAACAACCAACAUUAAUAACCACAGCUUCUGUGUCUGCUUGAACUCUGUUGUGGCUCAAAUGACUGAGAAGUAAAGAAAAAUGUCCCACAGUUUAACUCUACACAUCAGCAUUUCUCAGAAAUAAAUAAGAAUUUUCACACACUUUAUAAAACACAAUAACGUUGUUACAUAUCAGUUGGCAUUUUAGCUUUUUAUUAGUGUAUUUGUCAACAAUUACAACUUGCAACAUGUCAUUUUUUAAUUAUUACAGCUUUUCCAAAUUAAUGCCAUUCAUGUGUUGACACAUUAGCAAUGAAGGCUUCACAGAUCAACGUCUACAACUACGUCAAAAAAAUUAAUUUCGUGUUGAAAAAAAUAUAGUUCCUAAAACUUUGUGUUCCUGAUAUUUUUUGAGUUUUUAUAAAUUAUUUCUGAGACAUAUAAACAAACGUUUUUUUUUUUAAAUAUUUUCACUAAUUUCACAAACAUUCUUUUCGUUACAAGUUUUUUUUUUUUUAAUAAAUAUUUGAAAGCUGUGUAUUUCUGUUUUGACUUACGUUUCUCUUUUAACGCCUGUACUUAAAUGUAUGCGCUGGAAUUAGGACAAAUUGUUUAAAAUUGAUUAAACUUAUUAUUAAUAUUUUUACUGAA